UUGGUUAUUGGUGAAGAAACUUUACGAAAUGAAAUUGACAGUGUAUCUAUUCAUGCUUUGAGUGUGAAUUAUACUGAUAAACGUGGAAAACACGGCAAACAUUGUAAACUUACUGAUGAAGAAAUACAAUCAGUUCAUGAUCACAUAAAUUCGAUCCCACGGACGGAGAGUCAUUACUUAAGGGCGAAUACAACUAGAGAAUACAUAGAUGGAAGUCUGACUAUAGCUGAGCUCCAUCGUAGUUAUCAAAGACUCAGACAAGAAUCUGGCAGACCAGCCGUCAAUUACGACGCUUACCAUCGAAUCUUCAACACUGAUUUUAAUUUAGGCUUAUUUGCACCUCGUAAAGACCAGUGCGAUGAAUGCGAAGCCUACAAAAACGCUGUCGACAAAGAACCAUUGAAUAAGCAUAAAUUACACCUUGAGGAAAAAUGUAUGGCCCGAUUGGAACUUGAAAAGGACAUAGAACAAAGCAAACAGAUGGAUUCGAAUAAUAUAGUAACCAUAUUCGAUCUACAGACAGUGUUACCAUGCCCAUUGGCCAAUCGUCAGCUUUCUUUUAUAAAUCAAAGCUUAACUGCUACAUUUCACGGGCUCAUUAUGGCUCAUCACAUCAAUGAAAAUGCAAUAUUAUCCGCACUUAUGGAAGAAAAUGAUAGCGAUACGGAAGAGCUGUUUCUACCUGGAAGUGAAGAUGACUCGGAUCACUUGAGCAUUCAGUCUGAAAGUGAAAGUGAAGAGGAAGUACAGGAUAUUACUUCAGGUGGUGAAUCUUCUUGUUCAAAUCAGUUUUACACUGGUAAAGAUGGCAAAACAAAAUGGCAGAAGGAGCCACCGAGAACUAAUGUUCGUACAAGAUCAGAAAAUAUAAUUACUCAAUUGCCGGGAGUAAAGAGCCAAUAUAAAGACAAAAAAACCAGUUUAGAAUGCUUUGAAAUUCCAAUGCUGUCUUCAAAUCUCGAUAAACGAAGUACUUCUCCAAUAAGUAGGGAUGAAGAACCAAGUACUAGGAUUGACGAUCAACCAACUACAGUUUUGAAUGACGAACAGCAAAGUACGGCUGCUUUGAACGAUCAACCAACUACAUCAUCUGCUGUUAUCGAACAACCAACUGUUUCAUCUGCUGUUAUCGAACAACCAACUACCUCAUCUGCUCCCAAGGAUAAUCAUUCUCAGUCUACUUCGACGUCACAUGACAUUAUUUCAACCAUAAUAUUAAAAAGUCAGUGUCUUUUUUGCGGACAUGUGGAAAAAAAGGUUGUGAAUGGACUGAGCACGCAUGUUGCUUUUGAUAAUUUUGAUCACUUUGUGGACACAUCUACUGGAAAGGAUACUUUGCAUGACACAGUCGGUAUCAUUUAUCAGUUUCAAAGCGAAAAUCAUGAAGAUUCUGACAAUGAUUCAAGUUCGGGUUCAUACUUCCAUGCAGAUGACGAUGAACGUCUUCCUCGCAAAAGACGGCGUUUUGAAGCGCCUACAAGAAGUAUAACUCCUUACAUUAAAACACCUUUCACAACAAAAUCCAAACAGUUGUACUAUUUACCACCAAUAAACGAUUCUCCGACAUCACUAGCUGUUGUUCAGGAAACUUUAAACAUAGCUAAGAAAGUUGUGCAGAACUGCCAUCAAGAACAGAUUAUUGCCACGUAUGAUUUAGCAAUUGCCAAACUAACAAUGCAAAUUCAAUAA